AUGAUCCGAAAAUAUGAUUUGGUUCUGCUUGUGAUUGUAUUGGAAAUUCAUGCUUUCUUUGUUGAGAGAAAGCUUCUAUUUAUAGCCAUCCUUCAUCCUUCAAUAUCUGCAACUGUUCAUUCUUGUGUAGACGCCCUUGCUGUUGAUAGGAAUUGCAAAACUGCCAUUGUCCCAUCUUUUGUUGAUGUGGUGAGGCAGCAGGAAUCUCCUAAGUCUGUUUUUGAGAUUAGAAGUUUUCUUGGUUUGGCAGGUUAUUAUCCGAGGUUCAUCGAGGGAUUCUCUAAGUUGGCGUUGCCAUUGACGCAGUUGACUCAGAAAGGACAAACUUAUGUUUGGGAUGCUAAGUGUGACAAGAGUUGA